CGCUGGUGCAAGGUGUAGUUGCAACGAGUUGUCGAGUAACAACCCCGCAGUUAAAAGUAACUUUAAUCUCUGCUGGAGAUCCGAAGAACUUUCUCCGCGUGGUAUUAGAUUAGCAUAAGUUUUGCGCCUGGUGAUAGUGAUGUGAGGAGAUCAUCCAGGAUGACUUUGCUGGCAGGUGACAGUUCGGACUAUGAUUACAGCGCCCUUAGCUGUGGUUCCGACACCUCUUUUAAUCAAACAGUCUACAAUGAAACACAAACUUUGAAAGGUGUUUUUUAUAAUAGAGCUCACCUCAUUUCUCCUCAAGAAGACUUGUAUGGCAGUGCACUCCCAGGGGAUCGCAAACAUCAUGUUGUAAUAAAUGUUGGAGGAAUAAAGUACUUAUUACCAUGGACCACACUGGAUGACUUUCCUUUAACACGCCUAGGACAACUUCGAUUUUGUCAUACCUUUGAUGAAAUAAUGAAAAUUUGUGAUGAUUAUGAUGUGACAUCCAAUGAAUAUUUCUUUGAUCGAAAUCCAGGUGCCUUUAAAACCAUACUGACUUUCCUAAGGGCUGGGAAGUUGAGACUUUUGAGGGAAAUGUGCGCCCUUUCUUUCCAAGAAGAGUUGCUAUAUUGGGGCAUCGAAGACGACAACCUGGAGUGGUGCUGCCGUCGCCGAUACCUGCAAAAAAUUGAGGAAUUUGCAGAAAUGAAUGCUAUUGAGGAAGAUCUGGUAGAAGGUGAAAAGUUGGUUGAUUUGGUAGAGUCAUCGAAAUGUAAUCAAUUCAUGACAAAGCUCAGGGACAUGGUGGAAAACCCCCAGUCAGGGCUUCCAGGAAAAAUCUUUGCCUGUCUCUCUGUUAUAUUUGUGACGAUUACUGUAGUUAAUCUAUCCAUCAGUACCAUGCCUGACCUCAGAGCAGAAGAGGAUAAAGGUAUAUGCUCCCAGAAGUGUUACAACAUUUUCAUCGUGGAAACUGUAUGUGUAGGUUGGUUUUCUGUAGAGUUUGUGUUACGUUUCAUUCAGGCCCGCAGCAAAUUUGUUUUCCUAAGGACUCCUCUGAAUAUCAUUGACAUCGUAGCUAUCUUACCCUAUUACAUUACGCUCCUGGUGGACACCACUUCGAUGGAGAAUGGAAAACCUGGAGGAGGAAGCAGUUACCUUGACAAGGUGGGGCUGGUUCUGCGAGUCCUACGUGCCUUAAGGAUUUUGUAUGUCAUGCGCCUUGCCAGGCACUCCUUGGGACUACAGACUCUGGGACUAACAGCUCGCAGGUGCACUCGUGAAUUUGGUCUACUCCUUUUGUUCUUGUGUGUGGCCAUUGCGCUUUUCGCUCCAUUGCUAUACCUUAUUGAAAAUGAAAUGGCUAGCUCUCAGGAGUUCACAAGUAUACCAGCAUGUUACUGGUGGGCAGUAAUCACCAUGACAACUGUGGGCUAUGGAGACAUGGUGCCACGAAGUAUCCCAGGUCAAGUGGUGGCUCUAAGCAGCAUUUUAAGUGGCAUUCUUCUCAUGGCCUUCCCUGUAACCUCCAUAUUUCACACUUUCUCUCGCUCAUAUGUGGAGUUAAAGCAAGAACAGCAAAGAGAUCAAAGGAGAUUACACAUCAUGGUUAAAUCUAAAUCACAGAUAAAUAACAUAUGAUGAUAAACUGAAAGUAUAUUUCUUAGUCACUCUUCAGAUCCCAGAUAAGUUAUUGUUUUGAGUUGAGCAG